AACCCAACUCUGUUUAUGUACCAACAAAACUGAGAAACACUGAGUAGACACACAGAAAACUUCAACGAAGAAGACCAUAAACUGUCCCCCGAAAACCCUAGAAAUCACAACAUGGAGCCUGUUUCUGGCACACAAUUCUGGCCUCCUUCUUCCACCUCGACCUGGACAUUUGUCUUCUUCUUUGCUUCUGUAUGCUCAGGAAUGGACACACCAAAAAUAGAACUGCAAAGCAGAGUCUUUGUGGCUUUCACAGGUGAAGGGCUCAACCUUAACUGUACGUUGAACUUGCCAGCAAACCAAACUGAUGACCUCUUGACGUGCUCCGAUCCUUCCAGCAAGCAGAUAUAUGACUGUAAGAUCCCUGCGACGCUUGGCCAGCCACAGGAUUUAACACAGACAUUGGAGCUGAAACACCUGAAUACAUCAGGAGAAUACAGUUGUCGAUAUAAAACCGCCACGGUGUACUGGUUUCUUCAAGUGAGAAAGGAAGGCUACAAGGAGCCCAUAAUGUUGGAUUACACAGAAGUCAGCAUAGUCACAGUCUUCACUGGUGUGCUGCUGGUUUUCAGUGUGGUCGGCUCAGUGUAUGUCUUCAGAGGACAUUGGAACAAAGACAAAACUGAAGGUAGCACCGACACCGGCAGAAAACAAAAGCAGAACAGAGAAGAAAGGAAGAAGAGAGAGACGGAGGAACACAACGUGGCUGUAACAGAUUCCUCUUUCUAUGCUAGUCUAGAGGCUCGGCCUGGGUCCAUUUACGAUGUGCUGGACCACUCAGCUGCCAACACAGAGACAGACGAAAGAAAACCUAAACCCAAGAAAAAGGAACAACAAAAAACGAUGACGCAAACCACAAAAUCCCAGAAUGAAGACAUAUUUGAGUCUGUCUAUGAGAAUUUCUGAAUCAUAAAACAACUUUUCUCAACAGAUUAUGAUAUUUAUAUCAGUAGCUGAGAUGAUCUCAGUUUGCUUUGCUGUGUCAUUGUCACCUGUUACCAGUAAAAUAAUUAUUCAGAUUCUUUAAAGAAGUAAAAGUAACAAAAACAUAACGUAACGUAAAAAUACUUAAUUAUAUGUAAAUGUAUGAAGUAAAAUACAAAUGUAUUGUCAAUUAAAUGCACUCGCUGCAGACAACAAGCCCUCUAUCAGUGUUACCAUAUCAUUUAUUAUACUGUUGGAUUAUUUUUUACGAAUGCAACAUGUAACCAACAUUUAAACGUUAGACUUGUGACUUGUUUUAUUUACGUUUUAUUUACUGUAUACGAUGCAUUAUAUAUAUUUAAUGUGAAUUUGCAAAUAACUACAAACUAUAGCAGCCAAAUGCUAAAUAAAUGUAGAGUAAAAUGUAGAAGAAGUCCAGUACUUUAGUAAAUCUGCUUUGUCACUUCCCACCUCUGGCUGUUACCAACAGUAGAACAAAAAUAAAUAAAUAAACCUGUUCCUACCAUC